UAAGCCCAAACUGAAGAAAAUGGAUAUCAGUGGAGCUAAAGUUCUGGAGUCAGCCGAGGACAUCCAGGAGCGCCGUCAGCAGGUUCUUGACCGGUACCGUCGCUUCAAGGAGCUGUCCGUUGUGCGCAGACAGAAACUCGAGGACUCUUACCGGUUCCAGUUCUUCCGUCGAGAUGCAGAUGAGCUUGAGAAAUGGAUCCAAGAGAAGUUACAGAUCGCCUCUGAUGAGAACUACAAGGACCCCAGUAACCUACAGGGAAAGCUCCAGAAACAUCAAGCCUUUGAGGCAGAGGUGCAGGCUAACGCUGGGGCCAUCAUUAAACUGGACGAGACCGGCAAUCUCAUGAUAUCUGAGAGCCACUUUGCAUCUGAAACCAUUCGAACCCGUCUAGAGGAACUUCACCGUCUGUGGGACCUGCUGCUGCAGAAGACUAAAGAGAAGGGAGUGCGUCUCCUGCAGGCUCAGAAAUUGGUGCAGUACCUCCGUGAGUGUGAAGAUGCGCUGGACUGGAUCAGUGACAAGGAAGCUAUUGCCACCUCAGAGGAGCUUGGCCAGGACCUGGAGCAUGUGGAGGUCCUGCAGAAGAUUGAAGAAUUCCAGACAGACCUGGCAGCCCACGAAGAGCGUGUGAAUGAGGUGAACCAGGCAGCCGGUAAGCUAACCCAAGAGAACCAUCCCGAGGCUGAGCUCAUCCUGAAGAAGCAGGAGGAGGUGAACGCUGCUUGGCAGAGGCUGAAGGGAUUGGCUCAGCAAAGGCAGGGCAAGCUAUUUGGAGCUGCUGAGGUGCAGCGUUUCAACCGGGAUGUGGAUGAGACCAUCAGCUGGAUUAAGGAGAAGGAGCAGCUGAUGGCAUCUGAUGAUUUUGGUCGUGACCUUGCCAGCGUUCAAGCCCUGCUCCGGAAACACGAGGGGCUGGAAAGAGAUUUGGCGGCCUUGGAGGACAAGGUAAACACUCUUGGGGGCGAGGCAGACCGUCUGCAGCAGACGCACCCCCAGAAUGCCUCUCAGAUCCACCUGAAAAGAGACGAACUCAUUACCAACUGGGAGCAGAUCCGUACCCUGGCAGCUGAACGACACACUCGCCUCAAUGACUCCUACAGGCUCCAGCGCUUCACUGCAGAUUUCCGUGACCUGACCAGCUGGGUGACGGAGAUGAAGGCUUUGAUCAAUGCAGAUGAGCUGGCCAACGAUGUGGCUGGAGCUGAGGCCCUGCUUGACCGCCACCAGGAGCAUAAGGGUGAGAUUGAUGCUCAUGAGGAUAGUUUCAAAUCUACUGAUGAGGCUGGGCAGGCUCUGCUGAACACCGGACAUUAUGCUUCCGAGGAAGUCAAGGAAAAGCUGGGCAUCCUGUCUGAAGAGAAAGUGUCUCUUCUGGAGCUGUGGGAGCUACGCAGGCAGCAGUAUGAGCAGUGCAUGGACCUGCAGCUCUUUUACAGGGACACUGAGCAGGUCGACAACUGGAUGAGCAAGCAAGAGGCUUUCCUGCUGAAUGAAGAUUUGGGUGACUCUCUGGACAGCGUUGAAGCUCUUCUGAAGAAACAUGAAGACUUUGAGAAAUCCCUCAGUGCCCAGGAAGAGAAGAUUACUGCCCUGGAUGAAUUUGCCACCAAACUGAUCCAGAACAAUCACUACGCCAAGGAGGAUGUGGCCACUCGCAGAGAUGCACUGCUGAGCAGACGCAACGCUCUUCACGAGCGCGCUCAGUUUCGCCGUGCCGCCCUGGAGGACUCUUUCCAUUUGCAGCAGUUCUUCCGGGACUCUGAUGAGCUCAAGAGCUGGAUCAAUGAGAAGAUGAAGACUGCCACUGACGAGGCCUACAAGGACCCAUCCAACCUGCAGGGGAAGGUGCAGAAGCACCAGGCCUUCGAAGCUGAGCUCUCUGCCAAUCAGAGCCGCAUUGAUGCACUGCAGAAGUCAGGCCAGGAGCUGAUUGAUGGAAAACACUACGCCUCCAGCGAGGUGUCCACCCGAAUGGAUGAGGUCAGCUCUCAGUGGAAAAAACUUCUAGAGGCAACUGAACUCAAAGGGAUUAAGUUGCGUGAAGCGAACCAGCAGCAGCAGUUCAAUCGUAAUGUAGAGGACAUCGAGCUGUGGCUGUAUGAGGUGGAGGGACACCUAGCCUCCGAUGACUUUGGCAAAGACCUGACCAGCGUCCAGAAUCUUCAGAAGAAACAUGCUCUGCUGGAGGCUGAUGUGGCUGCCCACCAGGACCGCAUUGAUGGCAUUACUAUUCAGGCCAGGCAGUUCCAGGAGGCUGGCCAUUUUGACGCUGAUAACAUCCGCAAAAAACAAGAGGCUCUGGUGGCACGCUACGAGGCCCUAAAGGAACCCAUGGCCGCCCGCAAACAGAAGCUGUCAGACUCUCUGCGCCUUCAGCAACUUUUCAGGGAUGUGGAAGAUGAGGAGACCUGGAUCCGAGAGAAGGAACCCAUUGCUUCCUCCACCAACAGGGGAAAAGACCUUAUUGGAGUCCAGAACCUUCUGAAGAAACACCAGGCUCUGCAAGCGGAAAUCUCUGGCCAUGAACCCCGAAUCAAGGCUGUUACUCAGAAGGGGGAGGCCAUGAUUGAAGAAGGUCACUUUGCAGGGGAGGAUGUGAAAACUAAGCUGCAAGAGCUGCACAAUCGUUGGGAUGGACUGAAGGGAAAAGCGGCCCAGCGUAGACAGGAUCUGGAGGACUCCCUUCAGGCUCAGCAGUACUUUGCUGAUGCCAAUGAGGCUGAGUCUUGGAUGAGAGAGAAGGAGCCCAUUGUAGGAAGCACCGACUACGGCAAAGAUGAAGACUCUGCAGAGGCUCUGCUGAAGAAGCACGAGGCACUGAUGUCUGAUCUGAGUGCAUAUGGCAGCAGCAUCCAGUCCUUAAAAGAACAAGCCGAGGCCUGCAGACAACAAGUGGCACCCACUGAUGAUGAGACCGGCAAGGAGCUGGUUCUUGCUCUAUACGACUACCAGGAGAAGAGUCCACGUGAGGUCACCAUGAAGAAGGGCGACAUCCUCACUCUGCUCAAUAGCACCAACAAGGACUGGUGGAAAGUGGAAGUGAACGACAGGCAGGGCUUUGUUCCCGCAGCGUACGUGAAGAAGUUGGACCCGACUCAAUUCUCUCGCGAGAAUCUGCUAAAUGAACAGGGCAGCAUCGCUCUGCGACAGGAGCAGAUUGAGAAUCAGACUGUGGUCACCAAGGAGGUGUGCAGCGUAUCUGUACGCAUGAAGCAGGUGGAGGAACUGUAUGGUACACUGCAAGAGUUGGGAGAGAAGAGGAAGGACAUGCUGGAGAAGAGCUGCAAGAAGUUCAUGCUUUUCCGUGAGGCGAAUGAGCUGCAGCAGUGGAUCAAUGAGAAAGAAUCAGCGCUUACAAAUGAGGAGGUCGGCUCUGAUCUGGAGCAAGUGGAAGUGCUGCAGAAGAAGUUUGAUGAUUUCCAGAAGGAUCUGAAAGCAAAUGAAUCUCGGCUGAGGGAUAUAAACAAGGUGGCAUCUGAGCUGGAGUCUGAAGGACUGAUGGCUGAAGAAGCUCCUGUUGUGCAGGCCCAGCAAGUAGAGAUGCUGAGCUCAGCUCCUGGCAAGGAUGAAGCAGAUUCCAAAGGUGCAUCUCCAUGGAAGUCUGUUCGCUUGGCUGUUCAAACAACGGCCAACUUUAAUACCAUUAAGGAGCUGAACAACCGCUGGAGGGCCUUGCAGCAGCUGGCUGAAGACAGAAGCAACAUGCUGGGCAGUGCUCAUGAGGUGCAGAGGUUCCACAGGGAUGCAGAUGAGACCAAGGAAUGGAUCGAAGAGAAGAACCAAGCCCUGAACACUGAUAACUACGGCCAUGACCUCGCCAGUGUGCAGGCUCUGCAGCGUAAGCACGAAGGCUUUGAGAGAGACCUGGCUGCUCUAGGAGACAAGGUGAACUCUCUUGGUGAGACCGCAGAGCGUCUGAUUCAGUCUCAUCCUGAGGCUGUGGAUGACAUCCAGGAGAAGUGUACCGAGCUGAACACUGCCUGGAGCAGCCUGGUGGGUCGUGCUGACCAACGCAAAGAAAAACUGGGCAACUCUCACGACCUGCAGCGCUUCCUCAGUGACUUCAGAGAUCUCAUGUCCUGGAUCAAUGGAAUCAGAGGGCUGGUGUCUUCAGAUGAGCUGGCCAAGGACGUUACUGGAGCUGAAGCCCUAUUGGAGAGACAUCAGGAACACCGCACUGAGAUCGAUGCCCGUGCAGGCACCUUCCAGGCUUUUGAACAAUUUGGACAGCAGCUGCUUGCUCGUGGCCAUUAUGCCAGCCCUGAGAUCAAACAGAAGCUGGAGGCUCUUGAACGGGAACGUGCUGACCUGGAGAAGGCCUGGGUCCAGCGCAGGAUGAUGCUGGAUCAGUGCCUGGAGCUGCAGCUAUUCAACCGUGACUGCGAGCAGGCUGAAAACUGGAUGGCAGCUCGCGAGGCCUUCUUGGCCAGCGAUGACAAGGGAGACUCCCUGGACAGCGUGGAGGCUCUCAUCAAGAAACAUGAAGACUUUGAUAAGGCUAUCAAUGUGCAGGAAGAGAAAAUUGCAGCACUGCAGUCUUUCGCUGACCAGCUCAUUAGUGCUGAUCACUACGCCAAACCUGAGAUCUUUAAUCGCCGUAAUGAGGUCUUAGACAGGUGGCGCCGUCUCAAGGCUCAGAUGAUUGAGAAACGCUCUAAGCUGGGUGAGUCCCAGACUCUGCAGCAAUUCAGCAGAGAUGUAGAUGAGAUCGAAGCAUGGAUCAGUGAGAAACUCCAAACCGCCACCGACGAGUCUUACAAGGACCCCACCAACAUCCAGCUGUCCAAGCUGCUGAGCAAGCACCAGAAGCACCAGGCUUUUGAGGCUGAGUUACACGCUAAUGCUGAUCGUAUCCGUGGGGUGAUUGACACGGGCAAUGCUCUCAUCCAGAGAGGUGCCUGUGCUGGAAGUGAGGAUGCCGUGAAGGCUCGUCUUAAUGCUCUGGAUGAGCAGUGGCAGUUCCUCGUCAACAAAUCUGCCGAGAAGAGUCAAAAACUGAAGGAGGCAAACAAGCAGCAGAACUUCAACACUGGCAUCAAGGACUUUGACUUCUGGUUGUCUGAGGUUGAGGCUCUUCUUGCCUCUGAGGAUUAUGGCAAAGAUCUGGCCUCAGUCAACAAUCUCCUUAAGAAGCACCAGCUUUUGGAGGCUGACAUCUCUGCUCAUGAGGAUCGUCUGAAGGAUCUCAAUGGCCAGGCUGACAGUCUGAUGGCCAGCAAUGCCUUUGACACCUCUCAGGUUAAGGACAAGCGUGAUGCCGUCAACGGACGCUUUGGCAAAAUCAAGAGCAUGGCUGCUGGGCGCCGUGCCAAGCUGAACGAGUCGCAUCGUCUGCACCAGUUCUUCAGGGAUCUGGACGAUGAGGAAUCUUGGAUCAAGGAAAAGAAGUUGUUGGUGAGCUCGGAGGACUAUGGACGUGAUUUGACAGGAGUACAGAAUCUGAGGAAGAAACACAAGCGGCUGGAGGCUGAGCUUGGAGCACACGAGCCGGCCAUUCAGUCUGUAUUGGAAACUGGGAAGAAGCUGUCUGAUGACAACACCAUUGGACAGGAGGAGAUCCAGCAGAGGCUGGCCCAGUUUGUGGAGCACUGGAGGGAACUGAAAGAUCUGGCUGCUGCUCGUGGACAGAGACUUGAGGAGUCGCUGGAGUACCAGCAGUUUGUGGCAAAUGUGGAGGAAGAGGAAGCUUGGAUUAAUGAGAAACUGAACCUGGUCGGAAGUGAGGAUUACGGUGAUACUCUGGCAGCUGUGCAGGGCUUGCUGAAGAAACACGAAGCAUUUGAAACUGAUUUUACCGUGCACAGGGACCGAGUGAAUGAUGUGUGUUCCAAUGGAGAUGAACUUAUCAAAAAGGAAAACCACAACGUGGAGAACAUUAUGGCUAAAAUGAAGGCCCUGCGUGGGAAGGUGUCAGAGCUGGAGAGAGCUGCAGCUCAGAGGAAAUCUAAACUGGAUGAGAACUCUGCCUUCCUUCAGUUCAACUGGAAGGCUGAUGUGGUGGAGUCCUGGAUUGGCGAGAAGGAAAACAGCCUGAAGACCGAUGACUAUGGUCGAGAUCUCUCCUCGGUGCAGACUCUGCUCACUAAACAGGAAACCUUUGAUGCUGGGCUUCAGGCCUUCCAGCAGGAGGGCAUCACCAACAUCACAGCCCUGAAAGACCAGCUGUUGGCAGCCAAACAUGUGCAGUCCAAGGCCAUUGAGGCUCGUCAUGCCACCCUGAUGAAGCGCUGGAACCAGCUGCUGUCCAACUCAGCCGCCCGCAAGAAGAAGCUUCUGGAGGCCCAGGAGCACUUCAGAAAGGUUGAGGAUCUAUUCCUCACCUUUGCCAAGAAGGCCUCAGCCUUCAACAGCUGGUUUGAGAAUGCUGAAGAAGAUUUGACAGAUCCUGUAAGGUGCAACUCUCUGGAGGAGAUCAGGGCCCUGCGGGAUGCCCAUGACGCCUUCCGCUCCUCGCUCAGCUCUGCAGAGGCCGACUUCAACCAACUGGCAGAACUUGAUCGCCAGAUCAAGAGUUACCAGGUGGUCUCCAAUCCAUACACUUGGUUCACCAUGGAGGCUCUAGAGGAGACCUGGAGGAACCUUCAAAAGAUCAUCAAGGAGCGAGAGCUGGAGCUACAGAAGGAACAGAGGAGACAGGAAGAGAACGAUAAACUCAGACAAGAGUUCGCCCAACAUGCCAAUGCCUUCCACCAAUGGCUGCAGGAGACCAGGACAUACCUUCUGGAUGGCAUAGCCUAUCGGAGGGUAAUCCGUGUCUAUCAGUAUGAAGUCGAUGAUGAUCUUUCUGGAAGGUCCUGCAUGGUGGAAGAAUCCGGAACUCUAGAGUCACAGCUAGAGGCCACUAAGCGCAAGCACCAGGAGAUUCGUGCCAUGCGCAGUCAGCUGAAGAAGAUCGAGGAUCUGGGAGCAGCCAUGGAGGAGGCGCUGAUCCUGGACAACAAAUACACGGAGCACAGCACUGUGGGUCUGGCCCAACAGUGGGACCAACUCGACCAACUGGGCAUGAGAAUGCAACACAACCUGGAACAACAGAUCCAAGCCAGAAACACUACAGGAGUAACAGAAGAGGCUCUGAAGGAGUUCAGCAUGAUGUUCAAGCAUUUCGACAAAGAAAAAUCUGGACGUCUCAAUCACCAGGAGUUCAAGUCCUGCCUGCGGUCUCUGGGUUACGACCUGCCCAUGGUUGAAGAAGGAGAACCAGACCCAGAGUUUGAGUCCAUCCUGGACAUAGUGGAUCCGAACAGGGAUGGAAACGUGUCCUUGCAAGAGUACAUGGCCUUCAUGAUCAGCCGAGAAACAGAGAAUGUGAAGUCAAGCGAGGAGAUCGAGAGUGCUUUCCGUGCUCUCAGCGCCGAGAACAAACCUUACGUCACCAAGGAAGAACUCUACCAGAACCUGACGAAGGAACAGGCAGACUACUGCAUUUCCCAUAUGAAGCCCUACUUGGACAGCAAGGGCCGCGAGAUCCCGUCAGCUUUCGACUUUGUGGAAUUCACCCGCUCACUCUUCGUCAACUGAUUCCCCGCCCCCUGCCUGCCAGUGACCAAUCGGGAUGCGUUUUCCCCCCUUCACAAGAACACACAGCCAAACUGCAUGGAUCUGAAAUGAAAUUCUCUAUAGCACCCAGUAUAGCAAUAUCUGUAUCUUGCUAUCACUCUUAACCCUGCGUAUUUAUCUGACACUUCCUCAUGCUUCACUGACAAUAGUGUAGUGGAUCUGUCUGCAUUUUAUUGUGGUUGUUUUAGCUAAGUGCUUUGCUUUGUUUAACAAACCUAUAGAGAAGAUAUGCUGUAACAUCACCCAUGAGACUGCAGUGUGCUUAAAUAAACGCUACUGGUUAUAACUGGAA